AAUUCUCCGCCUCCGCAAACCAAAGAUUCGCUCCCGCCGUGCGAUUCCCGCCCACCUCUUCCGCCUUCCCAAGCUUUACCUCAAUCCGCCGGCGAGGCGGCGAAGAGAAUCCCCGCAUCCUUCGGCGAAAAUCCCCGGCGCCGGACAGCCACCUCCGAUUCGCCGCCGCCGGGAAGUUCCGCCCCCGCCGCCGCCGCCGCCGCCGCCGCCAAUCGAGCGCGUGAUCGAAGCGAUCCCCGCUCGGUCCUACCCUUCCGCGGUCCCGCGCACGGGUCGGAGAAUCUAUGUAUGGUGAUCGGAUCAGAAGAGUACGGCCUGCGGACUUCGCUGGAUGCUUUUUGGGGCUGGGGCUGGAUAAAUGCUUGUAGCUGGGGAUCUAGGGUUUUCGAGCCUGGUCCUGGUGCUCUGCCUCGCCUUCCCCGUGCUGCUCGGGCUCUUCGUCCGGCGGAAAUGGAGCCUCGCGGCGGCCAAGAGCGAGGAGAUCAGGCGGCUUCUCGUCCUGGCUUCCGAAGAGUCCGCGCGGGCCGAGCUUGAGGCCUCCGCGAGCUACGGCAGCAGCGCGGCGCCGGCGCCGCCUCCUGUUCCGCAGGGUUACUACUACUGCGCCGUCUGCUGUUGCCCUACCACGACCCGCUGCGCUCGGUGCAAAGCCGUAAGAUACUGUUCUGGCAAGUGCCAAAUCAUACACUGGCGGCAAGGACAUAAAGAAGAAUGUCGUCCUGUGGAGGCAGGGAGCCAUUUUGAUGGGAAGGAUAAUAGGUCAGGACAGGAUACAUAUUAUGGAGAGACAUUGGAGAGCAAGGCAAAGCAGAGUGCUAAGCCAAACGUAUCAUUCAGUGAUGAAUGCGUAAGGGCUCAAUCCCGCUGCUCUGAAAUAUCACGUGCUAAGGAUGAUAAGAUCUCAAUUGAGCUUCAUGAUGUAAAUUUUUCUUCUGAAUCUUCUGAUGCAUCCUCCCCUGGAUUUUCCUCCUCUGCUACAAAUAGCGAUUCCUCCGAUGAUACUUCUGCCUGUGAAAGCAUUAAUUCAGAUGAUUCAGGGAGGUUAGAGGAACGUUUAUCAUCUGAUAUUGCGCAUAAGAUAUCUGGCACUGGUGGUAUCAAGAUCAAGGAACAAGCUGAGCCACUUUCUCCUAAAUUUGCUAGUUUGGUCGAUUCUCUUGCGAGUUUCAGAAGCUCAAGUGAAUUGCACAAAAGUAAGAGCGGUUGUAUUGAUGAUCAAGUCCAGGGCAGGUCAAGCAGUCAUUCACAUUCGGGCUGUAGUGGCUUGCACGAAGGUUCAAUGGCUGAGCCAUCUAGACACCCUUCUGGCUUCUGGAACACUCUGAACCAUCCAAAAAAUGUUGCUCGCAAUGAUUCUUCUCAUUCCAGUAUCAGCAAAAUUGGUGCCUGUGGGAAACCUGAUUCUGGAUCUACUCUUAGGUUUUCUUUUAACUUGUCCAACGAUACUCUCUGUCCCGUCGAUCGGCGAGAUUUUGAGAUCUCAGCUAAGAAACCUGAGAGUGGAUCUGCUUUAUCUGAAGGGCCAAGUGCAGAUGGUUCAAGGGCCCCUAAAUCUCCGUCCACAAAAGGUGAAUGCCCCAGUCAUGUUGCUGAUGAAGGUUGCAGUGAUUCACAUGUGUCAAAAUUUAGUGCCGGUGAGUCUUUAAGCUCUGUGAAGGGCAAUGUAACUCCUAGCAAGAUGGCGCCUUCUUCAAGAGUGGAUGCUCAUAAAUCAAAGCGCAGUGAAGCCGGAUGCAUAUCGCCUUCUAAAUUUGAUGUUCAUGGAUUUUCUGGGUCUGAUUGGCAUUCAUCUUCACGUGCCAAAUUAGAGAAAGUUUGUGAGGGUCAAACACAUGCUCCUACAUCGUCUCAUGUUGCAGCUCAUCUUCCAAACACUAAAAAUGGCUUGAAAACUUCAGUAUGGAGAGUGCUAGAUCAAUUUAAAGGAUCGGUGAUGUCAAAGCACCACCGAUUAGGAGCUGGGAGUGAUAUACCUGGAAGAUGCAGUGACAAGGGUAUAUUUCCAUAUGAGUUAUUUGUCACACUCUAUACAUGGAAAGGUGUGGAAUUGCAUCCCCGUGGCCUAAUAAACUGUGGGAAUAGUUGUUAUGCGAAUGCUGUGUUGCAGUGCUUGGCAUUUACUCCUCCUCUUACCGCAUAUUUCCUUCAAGGACUCCACUCUAAAGCAUGCGUUAGUAAAGAUUGGUGUUUCACCUGUGAAUUUGAGGGUCUAAUUUUAAGGAUGAAUGAAGGGAAGUCUCCUAUUUCACCUAUUGGAAUUGUAUCCCAGCUAAGAAACAUUGGAAGGCAGCUUGGAAAUGGGAAAGAAGAGGAUGCCCAUGAAUUUUUAAGGUGUGCUAUUGAUAAGAUGCAAUCUGAUUGUCUUGUGGACUCUGGCAAGAAGGUAUCUAGGUCAAAGGAAGAAGCCACUCUCAUUGGCCUCACAUUUGGAGGCUACCUUCGUUCAAAGAUUCAGUGCACAAGGUGUAAUGGAAAGUCGGAGCGACAUGAAAGGAUGAUGGAUCUGACCGUUGAGAUUGGAGGAGAUAUUAGAACGCUGGAGGAGGCUCUUCGACAGUUCUCUAGUACUGAAACACUGGAUGGAGAGAACAAGUAUCAAUGUACCAGGUGUAAUUCGUAUGAGAAAGCUAGGAAGAAGCUGUCAGUACUUGAGGCUCCUAAUAUUCUUACAAUUGCAUUGAAGCGAUUUCAGUCAGGUAAAUUUGGAAAGCUUAACAAGUCCAUUCGGUUUUCAGAGAUCCUUGACUUGUCACAAUUUAUGAGGGGGACAAGUGACAGAUCGGCUGUAUAUAGGCUUUAUGGAGUAAUUGUUCAUUUGGAUAUCAUGAAUGCCGCAUUUUCUGGUCACUACGUCUGCUAUGUUAAAAAUAUGCACAAUAAGUGGUUCAAGAUUGAUGAUAGCACGGUGAAGCCUGUUGAACUUGAAAGGGUGUUGACGAAGGGAGCCUAUAUGCUUCUCUAUGCCAGGUGCUUUCCCCGUGCCCCUAGAUCAUUGAAAGACAGCGUAACAUCUGCGGAUCCGAGAAACAAACCCAUGAAUGUCAAGAGCAGCGGAAAAAGUGCCACGCUUAAAUUGGGGCUCACAAACUUGAGGAACAACCACCAUUCUUCCGCAUGUACAAAGGAUUCAGUCAGAGCCCAUUCUUUUGAUUCGGAAUUGAACCCGCUGCACAGAUAUCACCGAGAGGAUUCUUCGAGCGAUGUUUCUUCCCUGUUUAGCAGUAAUUCUGAUGAGGGUUCUUGUAGUACAAUCAGCACCCAAGAUUCUCCCAGCUAUGAUGACCUUUCUGACUAUAUAUUUGGUGACUCUGGUAGCAGUUGGAGCAGUAGUCCUUGGAGCAAUCCCACUGAAUCUAACCCGUCUCUGUCCUCUCCAUUCCGCUCAAGACAUUGAUGGCUUUUGUGGUAAAACAGCACAUGCCCGAAUCUGGUCAUUUCCUAACAAGUUGGGCACAUCCGAGAAUGAGUUGCGAGCUGGUGAAUCUGGGAGGUGAAGGAUUUUGUUUUGUUUUUUUUUUUUUUUUGGCAUUCCGAUACCUCUUUAUAGUUUAGAGAAUUCUUAAGUAGCUGUAGUAGUUUCUGUAGGCAGGCUAACCCGAGGAUAUCAUUGGAGGGUCUAACUGUUUCGCAGAUGUAAAAUGUAGAUCGUAUCUGCCAAGCGAGUAGUGAGGAAAUUGGACAGAUCAAUGACCUUGAUCAUAACAUAUUGAGGUGGAGAAUAUGUAAAUAAGAGAUCCAUGAGAAGCUUGUAUUUAAGUGCACUUUUUUGCUGCAAAAAAGGAUGCCGUUACCGUUCUAUCAAUGUUGAUGCGCUUCUUAUUCAAAGUU